AUGGAAAAUGUGGAGAUCUUUCCUGCGACACUUUCAUUAGUGGGAAACGUUAUAGCUGUUAUUGGUAAUAUUUUGGUGUGCCUUACAAUUUACAAAAGUUCGAGGCUGAGAACUCAUACAAACGUUUUUAUUGCCGCAAUGGCUAUUAUUGGACUCCUUUUCGCCGUCUUCGUUGGACCUGCGAUUACAGUGACGCUCUUUGCAGGAAGGAAGUGGGUUUUUGGACAAUAUUUUUGCAGUUUUCAUGGCUUCAUGAGCCUUUUUAUCGAGUUUGCAACUCUUCACACUAUAGCACUAACAGCAUUCAACAGACAUUGCCGCAUGUUAAAAAUACAGCUAUACAGGAAGAUAUUUCAAUCAAGAAGGAGAUCUUGUGCCAUAUUGAUUCUGGUGUGGUCUGCUCAAAUUGCAUUUAUACUCGUCUUUUCUCUACCAUGGCUUGCGAAGUUCAAAUUUAGCCAUAAGCGAGCCGGUUGCGUUCUAGAGUUUAGGAGAAAAGGGGGAGAAUUAACAUAUUCCGUGAUUAAAACCAUCUUUUAUUUUUGCGCAACCAAUAUAAUAGUAGUUUACUGUUACACGAAGGUUUUCCUUAACAUUCGAAACCACAGUCGCAAAAUUUCCUGCGCGCUUCGAACGAGUGACAGAGUUAACAUUGAAGAAGUCAAAAUAACUCGAACAGUUUUAGCUGUGGUUUUAUUUUUUUUGGUUUGCUGGAUCCCAGAAUACAUAAUCUCAAUAAUAAUUCGCGUGAAUCCAGAACACCUGCACGGGUUCGCCCAUCGUGCUGUCGUGUUUUUUCUUUUCUUGAGUUGUUCUCUUAAUCCUUGGGUUUAUGCGGCCACAAACAGAGAAUUUCGAGCUGAGUUCAAGCGCCGGUUGAUGUGCAAAGAGAGA